AUGUCUGGACUCGUCCUCCCCUCGCGCGGCACUUCUAUCAACGGCAACGGCAGCAGCAACGGUGUGGCGAGUGGCAGCGGUGCAGCGCACGCGGGCAGCGGGGCGAACGCGGGCGCGAGUGGUAGUGGCGCGGCGAUGGAGUCAGCCGGCACGCAGGCGAGCGACAAGGGCAAGGGAGUCGACAGCGACGCCAACGCCGUCAUCCCUGGUGUCAACGGGAUCGUGCCUACGCUGCAGAACAUCGUCGCAACCGUCAACCUCGAGUGCAAGCUCGACCUCAAGACGAUUGCCCUGCAUGCCCGCAACGCAGAGUACAACCCAAAGCGAUUUGCGGCGGUCAUCAUGCGUAUCCGCGAGCCGAAGACGACCGCGCUCGUCUUUGCGUCAGGCAAGGUGGUCGUCACCGGCGCCAAGUCGGAGGACGACUCGCGCCUCGCCGCGCGCAAAUAUGCACGCAUCAUCCAGAAGCUCGGCUUCGAGACCAAGUUCACCGACUUCAAGAUUCAGAACAUUGUCGGAAGCUGCGACGUCAAGUUCCCCAUUCGCUUGGAGGGACUCGCGUACGGCCACGGACACUUCAGUUCGUACGAGCCCGAGCUCUUCCCCGGCCUGAUCUACCGCAUGGUUAAGCCCAAAGUCGUCCUGCUCAUCUUCGUCUCGGGCAAGAUCGUCCUCACCGGCGCCAAGUUCCGAGAAGAGAUCUACCAAGCGUUUGCGCAGAUCUACCCCGUCUUGAACGAGUACCGCAAGCCUUGA